AUGGUGUACACAAUUUACGAGGGCUUUGUUCUCCAGACCAAGCGAGCUUUAACCGCACUUUCGCAUAUUCUUCACAAAGCCGAGGAGGCGCCCAACGCUUCCAAUCUUCCGUCCUGUCGACUCCACAAUGACAUGAAAUCACUUAGCUACCAAGUGUUCGCGGCAACCAUGCAAACACGGCUCGCUCUGGCUAAGCUGACAGCCAAACCAUUCCCAACGGAUGACACGAGUCAGGACGUGGUCUACACAUUUGCGGAAAUGUACGCUCGCAUCGACAAGGCGCACCAGGCCCUCGACACGGUUGACAAAGACUUCAUCCUCGAACAUUGCGAGACCGUCAGCCCCACGCCUCUGGGAGGUAAUACACAACUCUUGUCUGGGAUUGCAUUCGCGUGCAUUAUGCAGGCUAAUAUCUUCUUUCAUGUAACUACUGCCUAUGGCAUCUUGCGCAAGGAAGGCGUGCCUCUAGGCAAGGUGGAUUAUAUUUUACCUUUUAUCACUUCCUAA